UUCGUGGUCUGCGUCGAUAAUAGUUAUUGGCAGCGAAUGAACCUGUUGUGCGUUUGUAAUGCCCGUGAUACGUGUUUUUGAUUAGUAAAAUAAAAGAAAAAUGCAUUGAAAGUGUGCGUAAAUUGCGUUUGAGCUAUUGAAGUGAACAUGCAAAUAGUGAAUUUUUCAAUAUAUGGUGCAAUGUAAAAUCCGUGUAGCGGGGAAAAACAAAGCAAAUAAAAAGUGUGAGAGUGAGUUCGAUUAAUCGGGGAAAAAUAAGUUGCAGCAUCUUGGCAACAAUAACAAAUACAGCGAGCACAAAAACAACAAUACAAAUCUCGUACGAAACAAUUCGUUAACGUCAAUAACAGCAACAAUAAGUUAGCAACAUGCGCAUAAAUGGCAAAACAUCAGCAAGUUAAGCCAGCAAAGUUGUGAAUUGAAUGUGUAAAAAUAUACCUACAAAAGUAAGAAAAAAGUUCCAAUAAAAAUAGGUAUUAAGUAAUAAACUAAUGUAACGGAUUGUCGUCAAUUCAAAUGAGUAUUACAUAUAAGUACAUAUAUGUAUAUGAUAUUACAUUUUAUCAAUAAAAAUAAUUCCUUAUAAAUGAGUUCAUAAAUAAAUUAUGAAACAACUAUUCUGCAUUGAAAAUAACAACAUGCCUCAAAAACCAGAGCAAAGUUUGAAAACAGCGUAUACGAGUACAAGUACCCAUUCAAUCGGUUGGCGAGCACUAAUGUUGGGUUUCUGCGUCAUACUUCUGCACGCGACCGUUGCAGUGUCAGUGGAGGCGACUACAAUAGGAAUAGCGGCAGUGACGACAACAACAGCGGCAAUGCUGACGACAAUGCCGGGAACAACGGCGUUAAAGCCAACCAACGAUGUCGUACGACGCAGCAUAAGAGUGGGAUAUGGCGGUACCGCCACUAUAUUGUGCAAAACAUCGAAACGUUCCAAUACUUACUUUUAUGACGUGACUAAAAAACAAAUUCUGCAGUCAAUAAAUAUCGAUAAUGAGCUUCUAAGACCUUACGCGAUAUUAGUCUUGCAUCGAGUCUACCAAGCGUCAACCUAUCAGUGCUUGCAAAAUGCAACUCUGUUAAGUGAAACGAUAUUGACAAUAGAUAGCUCAACACAGACGGUACGCAUUGAAAUGGGAAGCGGUGAUGAUGUUGCGCUAACAUGCAAACACGAUGACGACCAACAAGUUUAUUUUCAAAGGCAAACGAGGAAAGAUCUCGACAGUACAGGUAGCAGCGAGAACGUAUUUACUGAUAUUGUGCCAAUUGAUAACAGGAUGAGUAUCCUUUUGAUAAGCAACGCAACGUUACAAUUCUCCACAUUCAGCUGUACGUAUCUUAAUAAUAAACACAUCGAUGAAUCGGAGUUACAUGUGGGUACUCCCCCCACACCAGUGAAGAAUUUUACCUGCAGGGGUCACAACUAUCACAGCAUGACUUGUGAAUUUCCUAUACCACCAAACAACAUACUACCAAAAUAUAAUUUAACCUACUUGGUGGAUUUUCAGAGAGAUUUACAAAAUUGUGAUCUCAAAUUUACUACUGAAAAAGGUAUUUUGGUCUUGAAUACCGCUGUUAAUGCAAGCAAGUGUCCCUACUACCCCACCGGAGAUAUCUACAAAUUCAAUUUGUUUACGAACAACGUACUGGGAAAUUUUUCAGAGGACUUUUCCAUUAACAAUCAUGAGUGUGUGAUACCGCCAAAAUUGAAUAUUUAUUCAGAAGAUAUAACUUCUAACAGCGUCAGUUUGUUUUGGGACGAUUAUCAGAAGAACUACUACAGACUAGGCGUUCUAUAUGAUAUCUUUGUUAAACCUAUUUAUAUCGAUGGGUACUCUGCAACUACUCCCUGCCGUGGUUUAAAUUGUAGUAUGAUACUCAAAAACCUCACCUAUGCGAAUUGGAAUUAUACAUUGUCUGUGCGAGCACGUGUCAAUGCCACAAAUUCUACCUGGAAUGAGCCAAGCAUUGUUACCUUCUUAACCAAUCAGAGAAUACCCGAUCGUGCGCCAAAAACAAUUGUCGGUGGCUUUUAUAUUCACUACAAUUCACUUGAGAAAGAAAUUAGCCUAUACUGGGAAGAGUUGGCGCAGUAUGAAGAAAAUGGGCAUGGUUUUCAUUAUAGUAUCCAAGAGUUGGAUUUGAAUGGAAAAGUGUUAAACUCGAAGACAACUAACGAAACAUCAGUCGUCUUCUCUUGGUUGGAUCAGCCUAGAGUUUAUGAAGUGCGCGCUGUAAAUGCAUUGGGUGCAUCGCAAGCUGUGAGCAGAAUACGAGUUGACGUCCCCAGAACAGCAAAUGCGCCACAAAGAAUCGAGCAGCUAUUACAUAAUAAUGGUUCACUUGUAUUAACAUGGGAGCAUCCUGCUGACUUUCUGCAGCAGCCGCCAAGCAAUUACACUGUAUUUUGGUGCCAAGAAAAGUUGAUGUUGCGGACGAUGUGUAAGGGUUCAAUGCAUUUCAAGGUGGUCGAUAACAAAACAACAGAGUUCGGUAUAGACUCAGAGGAUCGCACACACAUAAUGGCUGUUGCAGCUAAUUAUCCAAACUGGAGUACUGGAUUGCACUGGAAGGCAUGCUAUGGUGCACUAGGUGGCAGUUUAGAGACAGUAACACCCGAAGCUGAAGCCACAUCGGCGACGAAUAUAGCUUUAAGCUGGAGUUUGAAAAAAACUUGUAUUAAGGCGUUUAAAGGAUACAAGAUUACCUAUUGCGAAGUUCAAACUGAAAAGCAAGCGCAUUGUGAUCCUAUGAACACAUAUGUUACAUUUUGGAGCCCGGGAAUUGAAAAAACCAACUUAACAAACUUGAAACCAUAUACCUGGUACCGCAUCACAAUGCUUUUGUAUGCAGAAGGCGAGCGGAGGAGUCAACCCAGUGAAUCUAUAGUUCGUCGCACAAAGGACGCAGCGCCCGAUCCACCAACAAACUUACGCUUUGAAAAAGCCUCAAUAACAAGCAAUUCGGUAAAUAUUUUAUGGGAUGCGCCGAAAGUAACCAAUGGAAUGCUUAAAAAAUAUACUGUUUGGCGAAGCAGUAAAAACUACACCACAAACAUAGAUAUUCCUGUGGGGAACCUCACCGAAUAUGGUGGCACGAACAUCUCAUAUAAACUGGAAGGUCUCAGCAGCUAUUCUACCUACGAGGUGUGGGUAACAGCGUGGACAUCAGAAGAAUCAAAUAAAAGUGCAUCAUUGGAAAUCAAUACUUUAAUUGGGAGACCAUCGGCACCACGCGAUGUGGAGCUCAGCAAAAUUGGCAGUUAUUAUAUGGUCAAGUGGACUGAUCCCGAAAUGCCAUCCGGCCGUGUAGAACUAUACGAGCUGAAAUUGUUUGGAGCCGAUAAAGAAACGGUGUCAUUAGUUCAGCGCGGCUCAAAAUUGACACACCAAUGCCGCCUGAAAUAUCCCGAUUGCACUGAAGUAGGACAAAAAAUGCAAGUCCGUGCUAUUAAUGUGGUGCGAGAGGAGGAAUUGGAUAAAAUUGCAUUUCCCAUUAAGGGAACAACGAGCGCAGAAAAAAACAAUAACGAUGAUGACGCUAUGGAUGGAUAUCACGAACGUCAGCAUUUUGAUUGUGAACUAUUAGAUGAAGAUAUCACAACGAAAUUUCCCAGUACCGCUGGUGUGAGAUGGCUCAUGUCAGCACCAGGCUAUUCUGGUUCAUUCAGAUGUGAACCGUUUCCCUAUGCCAUAUUGGUGGCUUCAUUGAUUUUUGUAGGCAUGUUCAUUGCUACAAUCUCAUGGUCCUACAAUUUUGUGCAUCGUCAAUUGGGUGUUCGUGUGAAAUUCCCCGAUCCAGUUAACGAUCUGAUAAUCAUCAGUACAAAAAUACCAGACAAGUUGGCGGAUAAUAAGCAUGAGGAUAAUUUAUGCGAUCGGUCUAUGAAUUUUGAUGCUUUCAGACUAUCCAAAGAAGCAGCAUAUUUGCUCAAGUACGGCACUACUUUGACGGCUAGUAGCAGUGAGAGUGGUGUACAUGGCGUUGGUGGGGCGGAUAGUGUUAGUCGUAGUAGUAGUCGUGAAGAUGUGGACGACGAAUGUUUUGCACAAUGUGCGCCAAAGGAUGAGCCCACGUCGUCCGCGAGCACAACCACUUUGAAUGAUACGAGUCUGUCGUCGCAUCAAAAUUCGCCAUUGCAACGGAGAAAUGAACAAAUUCAAGCGCCAACAAGAAAUGAUGGUUAUUUAUGUAUCGAACAAAUAACCGGCACUAAACCACAAAUGAACGAUGACAGUUGCUCUUCCAGCGACUCGUCAUAUUUGCCAUUACAUUCAAUUGCGCCGAAAAGUCCACCAAAUACAGCGUUGACGGCGAGUGAUGCUGAAAACGUUGAAAAUACAAUUGCUACUACCCACACAAUUUCAACACCAGCAAAUUGUAUAUCGACGACCGGCACGCCGCCGCCUACAACUGCGGUAUCUACAGGUGCAGCAAAUGCUGCCAUUUUUAGCAAUUACUUACCACAUAACUUUCUACAAGUGAAAACUACUCAACCACAACCGAAUCUUUUUACAAAUUUUGCGCUUGCAACGGGCGACUAUGUGCUACCCGAUGUGCUGCCUAAGAUUGCAGCAUCACAUACUGCAACCAAAAAAGAAGAAAAUGAAGCUCCUCAAAAGCCAUUGCAGCAGCAAAUAAAUCCCAUAGUUUCUUAUGGUUAUGUCACAUCUGAUUUUUGGUCAAAACAAAAUACAAUGCAAUGAAUUUAAUCACAACGAGGUGUCAUGAAAAUUUAAUCUAAGAAAUGCUGCCAAGAAGAAAGACAAGCUUAGCUAUGACUAAGAGUUCGAAUAUGUCCGAGUGCUGCGCUGAAAAGCAUGAAAAUGCAAAAAUUCAAACCAACGCACUAAAGGUCAUACUUUCGUUCAGAACAUAUUGAAGAAAACUAUUCAUUGUCAAUACAUUCGAGAUGCAAAUAGCAAAGCCAAAGGCUUGAGAGUUGAUGACGAUUCGAUUUGGAAACUCAUGCGACUGAUGUAUUAUUGUUGUAUACACUUAAUUAAUAGGUAAAAUAUAUUUGGUAAAGAAGAGAAUUGAAUUGAAUUAAAUAGAAGAAGUAUCGAAUGUUGAAUUUAAAGGCUUUGAGAUGAACAAAAUUCCAAUGUGAAACAAAAGAUUUUUUAUACUCAUAAAAUUAAUUUACUUGUAAAUAUGUACAUACAUACAAACAUAUCGAUUUAAAUAUGCAUAAAAAUAUGUAUAUUUAUUAGUGCAAAGUUCUCGUGCAUGCAAGCGAAAUGUGCUUUUACAAAAGUUCCUUAACUUUUUUCCGUAAACGUAUACUCUUUCACUAUUUUAAACAUACGUACAUACUCAUAUGUAUGUAUGCGCUUAUAUAGAUACACAUAAGUUCAAAUUAGAAGCAUCACAUUUACAAUUGCUUAGAGGGAUCAUAAGAUGAUUUUAUUUAGUUUUUAAGGAUUUAGUUUUUAAGUGUUUCAUUUAAUGGUAAAAAAUCGCAUUUUUGUUAUUUUUUUUCGAAAAACUUUGCAUUGAACUUUUAAUUUCCUUAUUUCUAUUUCAUGGACCAAAAAAAAUCAUAUUUAAAUGUUUCUAAAUUAUUAUUUCAAUAAUUCAUCCAAGGAAAUUGUGUUCUUUUAAGCAAUACCAAAAGCAUGUUGAACAAGUAGCAACAGCAAAGCACCUGAUUUGGCGGUUUUCUAUUUAUUUGGGCUCUUUGGCACUUACACCCAUUUUGGGUGUUUGGCGAAGCUACUUCUCCAAUUUCUCUGAAGGUCCCAGCUUUAAGCCGACUCCGAAUGGCAGAUAUUUUUUAUGAGGCGCUUUUGCAUGACAGAAAUACACUCGUAGGUUUGCCAUUGCCUGCCGAGGGGCGGCCGCUUCUUAGAAAAAACUUGUUCUUAAUUUUGGUUUUCACGGAGAUUCGAACCUACGUUCUCCGAAUUCCGAAUGGUAGUCACACACCAAACCAUUCAGUUACGGCGCCCGAAUGAUUAGAUGUUUAGAUUACUCUAAACUGUCAAGCUUUGUAUAUUAGAGAUUUUGACAUUAGAGCGACCAAAAGCAAACACAGAAAACCUUCCUCCAUAGGCACAAAAAGCAAAAACAAAGCACAUUACUCCUUUUUUUGCCUAAAGGUACUGUUCAAUGGGCCUUGGCAAUACUAAUUUUUUGUGCAAAAAUUUUUCAUUUUCUUAAAUACAGUUUGUUUUAAAAAAAAAAAUCUAAUCAAAAUCUGAGGGUUAAAAAAAAAUUGUUUUUGUUUUCUACAUAGUUAACUUGAAAGUUAAAAAAAAACUCAAAAUAACAAAUGAACCCCUCUGACCUAAACCAACUCAUUUAACAUUUAACGGCGUUUCCCCUAUUCGAACGUCGUCGAAGCAGCACAUUCUUGUUGUUGUAAUAGUGUAAACAUUCACCAUAAAUGUUUGAGGAAUAAUACUGGAGUUGAUCGGAUAUAAAUCCUUGUAUCAACCUAGGCAUGACUUAGUAAAGAUUCUACAACAAUAACAACAACAUACUCCCAAUCGCUCUCGCGACAGUUGGUACUACGUAACCGGAACAACCCGGAUUAAUAUCCGACCAAGGUUUGCCACUUCAGCAGCAUUCCACGUUUAUAUAUGGGGAAUGUUUAUGCUGCUAUAACUGCAACAACAACACACUCAGAGCAAUAUAUUUUCUUACAUUUCUUUACAAAUGCUCGGCACACAACAAGAAAUUGUCAAGGCUAACCUAUAGAAAAAAAAUUGUAUAAUUUUAUUUAUUGUUCGCAAUUCUCAUGGCAUUUCUAUGCAUUCGGUAUAUAUUUUUCGGAAUGUUGUUGGAGUGACAGCACUUCAUCGGAUAUAUGCAAACUCAGGUCGUUCCAUUAGCAUAGACUCCCGAAUAUCUUGGAAGCGAUCUCAUAUUUUACAUAAUUGUGGUUGCUACAACCAUUCUCGCUAUGAACGAUUUCGAUUUUUGUAAAUCCUGGAGCCGCUUCAAAGGCUUUUUCGCAAAUCAUUUACUGCUUU